UUAAAUCUUUAACUUGCGUUUUUUUAUACAGGGGUAUCUGGAACUUGUGACUGAUGCCACAGGAUAGUCAGGAAAAAUGUCAGCUAUCAAAAAUUAGGGGAAUUACGAACUGCAAUAAAGGUCGCUCGUCAAAAUUUUAUAUAUGUGCAUCCUCAGACCAGUGACAUAUACAUAUACACUAUUUUGGCCAUGGUUUGUGUGUGUGCCCGGACGAGGAGGGUGGAUGGGAACAUCAUUUCCCACAAUACAAAUCUAAACGUCCUUGUAGUGGAGUAGGUUGGACGGACGCUGCAGCCCUGUGUUGCGUGGUUCCUCCCACCUCUCAACCAAUAGGGACUCUGUUGCUAGCACUGCCUAUAUUUUUAGCAAAUUAUUCGGCACCGUUAGAAACUACAAAUAUCCCACCGCCAAACAAACUAGAGCCUCGUAGGCAGGCUCAACCUGGAAUCCAUGGUUACAAUGUGACGAAAGUAGUUCCUGCCGUCACGGGCGUGUGGGCGAGUCACCGUGUGUGUAUAAAUACGCCGGGUUGUCAAACACCAAAGUUUCUGUGGCUUAACAGAGCAAACUGUCACCGAGAGGUAAACUGGAAAACCAUCCUACCACCAAGAGCCGGAGCCAUAAUCUAAUACUGAAAUUAACAACACACACCUGAGGGUCAGUAUCUGAACCGAUAACCCUUGUGAAUUUCACGACUACGCAAGGAUUUUAUUGUACAAAAAAACGCAGCAGUGGAACGAAGCCAGAGCACCAUUUAGAAAAGCUGUAACAAAAAAAAAAAACCUCUGCCAAGUCGUCUUGCUCAGAAGGAGCCUCUACCAUGGUGACACUAAAAGAAUCGUACACUCUUCAAUAAUCCAGAGGAGAACGCUUACCGUUGCAUUGACUCACUUUCACCACUACCAUUUCAACAUCGGACGGCACUGACCUGGAGCAGACAUGCAUCUAGAAGUGAAGGUUGCCCUCAACUUCAUUGUGUCGUACCUGUACAACAAGCUGCCGCGGCGUCGAGCAGACCUUUUUGGCGAGGAGCUAGAGAGAAUACUGGUGUCCCGUUUUGAGGGUCACUGGUACCCUGAAGCUCCACUGCGUGGUUCUGCUUUCCGCUGCAUUCAUUUGGGAGCACCCAGGGACCCUGUGGUAGAGUUGGCAGCCAAGAGGAGUGGACUGGACACGGAGGAAGUGCGUGCAAAUGUCCCCGCAGAGCUCAGUGUGUGGAUUGACCCUUACGAGGUGUCUUACCAGAUUGGCGAGAAGGGGGCAGUGAAGGUGCUCUACCUCGAGGACCCUCCAGGCCUUGGCUGUGACGGCGACAGAGCUGAAGGAGUGAUCAGAGAGGGCAAAGGAGAUGCAGAGGCAGAGGAGGCCAAAAAUGUGGGCUUCAACCCAGAUGCUCAGGUGUUUGUGCCAAUUGGAAAUCAAGCUUCUCCAGUUCUAAUGCCGUCACACUCCAGUUCUCCUACACCUCUUUCUGCCCAGUCCUGCCCUGGGCUCUUCAGCUACCCAAGCUCCAGCACUCCCACCGACCCUGCUGCCCACCCCUCCAACGCCCCCACGCCUUCCCCUCCCAACGGUGGGCUGCCUUACCUCGCCACUCAGCAGCCCCCUACUGCGCUUCCUACCGCUCGCCCUCAACCCAUCACCUUUACCACCGCCACCUUUGCCGCCACUAAGUUUGGUUCAACCAAGAUGAAAAAGUGCAGCAGCGCAGGAUCACCAGCCACCUCUGGAGUCAUCAUACCACCCACCCAGAGGAUGAUCUCCCGCUCCCCUACCACCAUCCCGACCCCAGAGCUGCUCAAGCACAAGCCCCUGUCUCUGUCCUUGCACUCCCUCGGUGGUCCGAUCCCCAGCCAACUCUCUCCCAACGCCAAAGAAUUUGUCUACCCAGGAUCCCCAGGCCCUCUUUACUUUGAAGCUGACACCCAGCCCAUGCAACCUCUUGCCAGCCCUUUCCAGCCCCCCCACUCUAUCAACACCCAUGCAGCCUUUGACCCCUUCUCCAGCCCUCCACCCUCCCAGAGUGUGGGCAUCAUCAGCAGCAAUGGCGGGAUCUCCUACAUGGAGAAGCCGCCGUUUGUGGAGGGUUUAGGAAGUUACAACCUGCAAUAUCCCAGCCAGUCCUUCCAGCCCGUUGUGCUGGCCAACUAAGCCUUCAUUUCUAAUGAGAAGAGUUGUUGUAGGAGUAGGGUGUGAGCACAGUGAUGCUCCCGAUGUUUUCAGUUUUUCUAUGAAAUUGUUCUAAUACUAACAAAAUGUAAGAAUUUGUUUUACUACAGAGAUAAAAAAUGACAAACAUAUUCACUAAAUAUGACAUGUGUUUUGUUUUGGUUCUUCACGUUCACUGACCGCACCCUGCCCCUUUGUCCUUUGCCGUUCCUCGUCACGUUCUGUGUGUUGGCUUUGAUACAGUGGGUGCGGUUGAGUUCCUUUCUACCCUGACUUAUUGCCAAUCUCUUAUGUUUAUUGUUUUGCAUUGAAUGUUAAUAUGAGAGACUUUUUUUUUUUUUUUGUUUUUUGUUUUUUUUGUUUCUCGUCUGGGAAUUUAAUGGACCCUGCUUUAGCUUAGCGCAAUUUUUGCACUGCACUGUCAUGCUGUGGAAAAGAACCUCGCCAAGUCCUGCAGGGAACGACGGCUGUGGAAAGCUCAGCACUUUGCUCUGCAAUCUGCUCUGCCCUAGUUGCCACGAAUACAGCGAGAGGAGAGCUCUGCUGUCUCUGCGUGUGCACUUCUGUUUUGUUGUGGCUCAGCGUGAUCAGGAGAGCCACUCAUUAUACCGUGGGCCCAUUACCCUUGAAACGAUUGCGUGCACAGGUGCAAUUUGAGACGUCGGCCAGAGUGUAUCGGGAGCAGUUGAUCGCUUGCAGUAGCAUAUGCAUGUACAUGACAAGGGUUUAGAUGAAGUUGGAGCGGAGGAGGAGGAGGCAGCAUCGGGGAGGAUGGUGGGAGAAUGCAAUGUACCUGUCACAGGGAAUACUGAUGAAUGUGAAAGAUAAAUAGAAUUCUGUUUUUGUAUUUCUAAGGCACAGGCUCUGCGCUGAUACCUCAUUUCUAUACACAGUGACGGUCACACGUGAGAAUCUAUAGGGACACGUGUGCAGAAGCCAUUAGAAUGUUCUCAUACACACGGCUCCAGUCAGCAGUGGGUGAAGGUGAACAGGCGUAGAAGGUGACGAGGGGGAGGGGAAACGGCAGCAGCUAAAGCAGUGGAGGGAUUGUGAUAAAUGGCUUAGCAUGACUUUGACUGUGAAGGAGAGGUUUUCCUCUGCAUGAGAGGAGAGGGGAAGACUGAAGGAAAUGAGAGAGAGAGAGAGAGAGAAAAGCAGCUCUUCUUUUGUGUUUCAUCCGUAAUGUCCAGAGUCUAUUGGCUCAGAGAGCGACACUUAGAACUCAGAGCACGUUUAUGGUGAGCUUAAAUGUUAUUGAAGCCAAAGGCUCACAUUAUUUUCUCGCUGCUCUUGAAAUUCUUCAGUGAUCUCUGGCUGCUCGUCAGGCUGCUACAGAGGCAGAACCACAACAUACGACGGACGUUGUUCCGUUUUUUUUUUUCUUCUUCCAUUUCUGUUGUUCGGCUGCAGCGUCAACACAGAGAUGAAUGUUCUUUAUUGACGUGUGGCUUCUGUCGCUCUGUCGGGUAACACGUCAGAUCACUGAAGGCCCGUUGUCUUGUGUCCAGUCGUGUCGGUGUCACUGUGGGCUGGUCUUUUUAUGGAAAGGUUAAAUGUCUGUUGUAGCUGUCCAGCACUUUAUCACUGGGCCUCCCUGAGCUUGGUUAGAGUUUUAGUCGUCAUUAAAACGCUUUAGAGAUUCACACACAAGCUAAGCCGUCGGUCGUGUGAUUUAACCUGAAUGUUUUCUAGACUCUUAUCCAUUGAUGUUUUUGUACAACCCCCCAGCUCUGUACCCCCCCCCCCAGACCCCCAGACUCCCAGCUCCCUCCACCUGUGCUCACAGCGGUCGUUGCCGUGUCACAGCGUGUCAUGCAUGCAUUUUUUGUUAUUGUUCUCAAAGGGGAAAAACACUGGGAGGUACUAGUCUACAAAAAUGUACAGUAACUGUAAGGGGAAAGUGCAUUUGUAAUAUUUUUGUGUAAUUUAUUUCCAGAAUUUCUAUAUUUUUUUGUUUUUGCAAAAAAUGAUCACUUGCAUUUGUAUUGUAUAGAGAAGACGCGACUGCAGUCCCGGAAUAUGUACAUGAAGAUUCUUAUGUUGAGAUUCUUUGUUUAGUUUCAUACAUGCUGAGGUUAUUUUUUCAGAAAAAUAACAUGAAUAUAUAUGCAAACAGAGACAAAAAUAAAGAUGUACAGAAUAAAGUAUUGAAUGUUCAUUGUAUCUUGUUAGUAUUUGUCUAAGAAGACGGGUAACAGUAUCAUUUUCUUUCUUUGUUUUUUUCUUCUUUUUUUUUUUUAAAUGUAAGUUGGAUUUAGAAGUUGAGGCCAGAAUGUUUACAGCGGGAUUGUGUAGGAAAAGCUGGCUGUCACCUUUUCCAUGCUCCAGGGGGCAGUAUCCCUAUAGACAGUAUAUUCAAAACCAAAAAUAUUUACUUUUUUACAUUAAUUUAAGUGCAAAAAUGUUUGUGAAUUGAUGUCUUUUCAUAGAACCCCAAUUUCCCUGGUUUUAUUUCCAUAGGUCUCUAACAGUUUGGUUUUUAUUUAUAAUAUAUUCCAGGCUAAUUUGUUUCCCUCUUCUCUCUCUACUCGGUCCGUCGGUCCUGAUAUUAUAGCCAUAUCUUUACUUACACAGGCUCCUCCUUCUAGUGCAAUGUAAAGCUCUAAGACCCUGAAAGAUAUAAGGGGUUUCUACCUCUCUGCACCCUGGAAAAAUGCAAACACGUACAUUUAUCUUCAGUAGGAAGAUGGUGGUUAUAGUGUGUCAGGAAAAUGGAAAUGAAUGUGAUUCUGAUCUGAUGUGAGGCAACCCUGCUUUAGAAGGCCUGCAACAGAACGGAGAAAAAAUCAAAAACAAAGAACGAUUACAGUCAUAUCUUAAAACACUGGAGGCUGCUCUGUGUGUAAGACGAUAAAUCCAACUGUAAUAUGAGGAAUAUUAAAGAAUAUUAAAACGGACAAGGAAUCUUCUGUAAAUCAGGUUCGUCUAUGGUCGGGGUUGCUCAUCAACGAAGUGGGAAAAAAUACGAUUUUCUUUUUUUGUAUUCCGACGUCCUUGGCUUAUUAUACUGACGUGUGUGUUUUGUUUUCUGCACUUUGGAGAUUUUCAUUGUCAGAAGAGAAGUUUAUUUUCUAUGUUAGAUUUAACUUGAGAAAACAUAGCUAUAAUUAAAAGUUCCGAUGAUGUAUUAAUAUAUUGCUUUCUUUCCUGCCUGUAUUUUGUUAUUAUUUCUUUUCCUAUUUUGUACAAGAUCAGUACACGCUGUAGAUGUAAAAUGACUCUUUCACUACUGAAAUGCAAUGACCUGUUUUCUGUGCUGCCCCUCAGGAAUGGGGAGUUACUCUUGCAGUUUCUUAUUGUAUCAGAUUCUUUUUUUAAGUUUGUAAUAAAAACCACAUCAGAAAAAAUAAGCAUGGAAAAUAA